AUGGCCCGAGGAAAUCAGCGAGAACUUGCCCGCCAGAAAAACAUGAAGAAAUCCCAGGAAAUUAGCAAGGGAAAAAGAAAAGAGGAGAGCUUGAUCACCUCUCAGGGAAAGCAGAGGGGCUCUGAGAUAAUGCAACAAAUGCAGAAGGCAGCUAAUGAGAAGUCUAUGCAGACGAGAGAAAAAUGA